CAGAGAAUUUUUGAGUUGUAAUAAGUUGUAAGCCAUUUUGUGUGUUGUUUGGAAGCAGCUGUGCUGUGUGUGUAGUGACUUCCUUUCCUUUAACGCGAAAUGUCAGACAGUAUACUUGUAAUUAAUCAAAAUGCGCAGUGUCAAUAAAAUCGCGUGAUAAUUUCGAGGAGAGAAAAAUUUGGAUAAUAGAUGUUUAAAUCAGACAGUAAAAGUCGCUGGUGUGUUGUAAAACAAAGACGUUUCCUUGUCCAUUUUUAUUAACCUUGGCCUGAUCGUCAUACAAUUCUAGCCAUUUGCUGAGUAGUAAGAAGUCACAAAAAAGAAGAAAAAGCUACGAGAUAUAUUUUUAGAUUAAACCUAAAAAUGGAAAAAAAGUUGAAUACCCAACAGUUGCUGUUCUACUUGUGCGAUUAAAUUAAGAUGUAAAAUGCUACUCAUAGAAGUGCAAGGACUCCUAUAUUUACCCUGAUGUUCCUUCUGUGACAAAAUCUGUGUGUGACCCUAACAAUUAUAUCGGGAUAUACUGCGAAACAGAAAGCAGAAGAAAACAAUUCUGAUGAAAAUCAAACCUUAGAGUAUUGGCCGACUAGAAACUUGCCUGAAUUUAUUGAAACAGGAAGAUGAAAUCUUGGGCUUUAGGCUCUAGACUCAAAGACAAAAAUUCGUAGAAAAAGGGUGUGGAAAUCUGUUACUGGAAUCGAGAAAAAGAUUUUGUUACUGAAAUCGAGAAAAAGAUUUAAUUACAUUUUCUUCUAGCCAAAAUAUUCCCAUUAUUUUACCGAUGUAAAUAUACUUAUCAACAGCCUUGAUCAUGAACACUAUUCAGAGAGUUGGCGUUUAUUCAUUGAUUGAAAUAAGCAUAGUUUGAAAGCCGUUCCGUUGCACAAUGGAAAUAAAUAUUCAUCAAUACCCAUUGCUCAUGUCACCAAUAUGAAAGAGUGUUAUGAUUUGACGAUAUUGUCGCUUGAAAAAAUAAAUUACAAAUCAUUUGAAUAGUCUGUUUGUGGUUAUUUUAAAGUCAUAGGGAAUAUUUUUGGAUUCUACUAUGGCCAUACAAAAUAUUGUUGCUUUCUAUGCACCUGGUAUAGUAAAUCACGAUACCUACAUCAAAAUGUUACAUUUUGGCCAAAGCGAAAGACCUCAGAACCCAGAAAAGUGAACGUUGCUGAAAAAGCACUACAAUCUUCAGAACAUCUUCCUACCACCAUUGCAUGUGUAGCUCUGCAUUAAAAAAAAAAUUUUGUCGAAGCGAUGGAUAAGACGGAAUUCUUUUUGAAAAUAAAAUUCCCUAAACUUAGUGUAUUAUUCAAGUGUUAAAAAAAUAGUGCCUAGAACAUGUGACGAUAUAUAACUCGCUGAGGAACAGGAGUGGUCACCGCAGAACGCCUUUUACAGAGCAUCCUUCGGCAGACUACGUGUAAUUCCUUUAUUUAUGAAUACUUUUUUAUUUGGGAGCAGUUAUUGAUGAACACGGGGAAAGAUUUCAUUGAGAUAUCGCUGUAAUCGAAAAGAGAUGCCAAGCAUCGUGUACAAAGACUUGAUAACCAGCAAAGGAUGAAUGAGGAAAAUGAGCAGAGUGAGCAAAGUCAAAACUGUGAAGCGAUGGAGCACUCGCCAUCCCUGCCAAUAUUUUCUAACUCUCACAAACCAUGCGUCAACGUAUGGAUGGAUAAAAUGAACAAAGGAGUACUCUCACCUUCCCAUUUCAAGGAACAUUGGAGAAUUUGGGUGCCUAAAAUUUAUAGUCCUGAACCAAACGAUGAUUGUCUUGACUGGAAUUUUGACGAAGAUACUGCUCAGAAGAUGCUCUUCAACACUCUUGAAGAGUUCAUCUGUAACGGAGAACCCCAGGUAGUUCUUAAGCUCUUGAGUCAACUGGAUAACCCUCCGUCUGUUUGUGGAAGAGUUUUCAAAAUGGGUGAGCCAACUUACAACUGUAGAGAGUGUGGAAUGGAUUCGACUUGCGUCUUGUGUGUCAACUGUUUUAAACAGUCUGCGCAUCGCUUCCAUAAAUAUAAAAUGGGAACGUCCACUGGAGGAGGUUGCUGCGAUUGCGGAGACACUGAAGCUUGGAAAAAAGAGCCCUUUUGUAAAAUUCAUCUAGCUGGCACUCAAUCAAAAGAGUCCGGUGCCUGUAAAUUGCCGCAGGAUGUUACUGACAGAGCUGUAGCUACAUUCGAAGCUGUUCUAAAAUAUUGUUAUGAAUUAUUGUCUUUAGAACAUACACCAGGGCUGCCCUCGGAUUUAUUAGUCAAGGAUACCGAUGAGAAUCCACUUGGACUUUUAGCUACUGCUGAUACAUAUUGCACAGUCCUUUACAACGACGAGAUGCACACGUUCGAUCAAGUUAUAAGCACACUCACCCGCGUGAUAAAGUGUUCCCAACGAGACGCUAUAGAGUUUGUGACCAACAUUGAUAGGGAGGGUAGAGCAGUUGUCAAGUGCUCUGGAUUUUCCCAUUGCAAUGAACUCAAGUCUGAAAUAGAAAAAUUCAUGUCUCGAAGUAACAAUCGGCCCCUAAAAGUCCUUGUAGCGCAUGCACAUGUGAUAGCUCAUCAGAUAUUUGCCAUGAAAUUACUAGGAUGGCUACAGGGAUUUAUAAGUCUUUGUGAAGGGUUCAGAGUUAUAUUUAGCAACAUUGCGCUAAACACCAAACUGCCAGAAAUGACUAUUGUUGAGGGUAUUUUAACAAGAGAUUCUCAACUCUGGAAGUCAGCUAGAACCGCUUGGCACCGGCUGUUCAUCUCCGGGAUGCUAAUGGAGUACGAAAGCAAAAAAUCCUUGGCAAUCGUCUUCACUCAGAGGUACGGAUCAGUAAUGAAAGAUUUCAUCCGAGACGAUCACGAUCACUCCUUUUCUAUAGUAUCUUUUUCCGUGCAGCUCUUUACUGCUCCAACUCUAGCUCAUCAUUUAAUAGCACAUCAUGAUGUAUUGUUUAUACUUUUGAAUACCUUUAUUUCUGAAAGUUCAAGGAAGUGCAAUGCAGCUGGGAAAUUAGAGUUUGAGAGGAAUUCUCCGAAUAUAGCUUUUAAAAGAGCGCAGUACAUUCUUUAUGAUCUGCGAUAUUUGUUGAGCGUCAAGCCUGAAGUAUGGACCGAUGAUUUGCGACGUGGGUUCUUACAGGGGGUCAACUUAUUACUGACACUAUUGUGUAGUAUGCAGUGGAUGGAUGCUGUCCUUAGGCAAGUUGGUCAGCACAUGGAAUAUGAACCAGAGUGGGAAUCAGCCUUUAAUCUCCACAUCAAGCUAUCACCUGUGAUAAGUCUCGCCUUAGAAUGGUGUGGAUCUGAUAAACUGGUUUUAACGAAAGCGUUUAGAUUAGUCCUGAAGAAACUCUACGAGCAACCUGGAAACGACACCAAGCGUUGCCAAGUCAGAGAACUAGCGAAUUAUAGCACCUCCUGCAUACAAUAUGACGUAUCAUCAGAACCGGUGUCUAUACACCUUCCGCUUUCUAGAUUCCUCGCAGGACUUUUUCUGUAUCUCGAGCAGCAUGAUCUUCACUUCCAAAGUCCGGAGUUUAUGAUUCCAACGAAGCCUACUCCCGAGCAAAUAAUCGAACCUGUAUUAAGAGCUCAAACGAUGAUCUCUCAGGUUCAUGCUGCCAUGUGGAGAAGGAACGGAUAUUCGCUCCUUAACCAGCUUUACUUCUACCAUAAUGUCAAAUGCCGCACUGAAAUGUUGGAUAGAGACAUAAUACUACUUCAGGCUGGCGCAUCACUGAUAGAGAACAACGAAUUUUUAAUCCACAUUUUGAAUAAAUUCAAUCUUCUGAACUGGGCUGACCCUGAAUUCGAAAUCAAUACCUUGAAGAACCCAGAAGAGGACAGCAUCAGACAAACGAUUAACUUAGUGGAGGAAUUUCUUGGUCUUUUAAACACCAUCGUCGGAGAGAGACACGUUCCAGGAGUUGGGCAGAUCAGCGAGGAUGAUCGCCUGAGAAAAGAAAUCAUGCAACAGCUGUGCAUUAAACCGCUUUCUCACUCGGAACUGAACAAGACUUUGCCGGACGAUGUUCACCACGAAACUGGAAUGGAGAGAGUGAUAGAUGAUGUAGCGGACUUCAAGAAACCAUCACAGUCAUCCGGAGGAAAAGGAGUCUAUGAGCUAAAACCGGAUUUAUACUUAGAAUACAAUGUUUUCUUUUAUCAUUACACCAAAGAAGAACUGAGUAAGUCAGAAGAGGCACAGCGAAAACGACGAAAGGCAGCAGGCGAACUGGAAUGCUGUCCGCCCCCCAAGUUACCUAAACUAACUGAAACUUUCAGUCUAGUUGCAAAUUUACUUCAGUGCGAUAUUAUGUUUCACGUAAUGCAAACAGUACUUGAGCGUGCUCUUAACUUACGAGCCAGAAGUUACUCUGAACCCCAAGUGCACAAAAUACUCCACUUGAUAGGUUAUGCUUUACAAGAACAAGAAUCUGGAAAUUAUCCCUUUUUGAACUUUACCAGCAGAGCUACUAAGUGGAAUAUAUACAAACUUUUGCAAGACCUUUCAAGUAGUCCGCGAAUAGAUGCACAUGCUGAUUUGCUCACAUGGGUUUUAGGAAAAUAUCGAGAGGUUGCUGGUUCUUCAUUAAUGGAAGCUACACCCGAGUCAUCUGCACGACAAACUGAAAAACCAUGUGACACGGAGUCUAACAAGAACGAUAAAGAAGAGAGAACAAAAAUGGCAGCGCAGAAGAGAGCCAAGAUUAUGGCGCAGAUUGCGGCCAUGCAGAAACGAUUCAUGAAGAAGAAUGCCAAAUUAUUUGAAGAGACUGCUUUGGAUAUCGACAAUAGCAACGACCAAGGAUCUACCAUGGAUCUCAGCGAAUGCACUCAGGAUGCAACGGUUGCACUUGGUCCUCACCAGACUAGCCGAAUGUGUGAAAAGAAAACAGAUACCUGUAUUUUAUGCCAAGAAGAUCAGAUGGUAACAUCUUCAGGUCCAGCUAUGGUAUUAGCUGCUUUUGUCCAGCAAUCCACUGUGUUAUGUCAAAAUAGGAAAAAUCUAACUGAAGCAGAUCCGCUUUAUUUAUCAGCCAACCUAAGUGCAUCGCCUCACACUCGAACCUGUGGCCAUGUGAUGCAUGCUCGUUGCUGGCAAAAGUAUUUCGAAAAUGUGCUUAAUAAGGAAAACAGAAGGCCAUAUCGACUGAGGCAACCUUCUAGUUUCGACGUAGAGAAACAAGAGUAUCUCUGCCCUCUUUGUGAAUGCCUUAGUAACACUGUUUUGCCUCUCUUGCCAGCAUUGGGUAGUUUGCAACCAACAAUUGACCCACCAGAUAUAAGUUUUGAAACAUGGUUAGAUGCUCUAAGACUAUCUCUCAGUUGCAAGGGUAAGAGGAGCCAAGAUGCAACCGAACCACCAAAAACCUUGCACGACCGUUACUGUCGUUAUUGUACAAAUGUAACAUCGCAGGAUUCCGCUGCAGAAGUGGCUUCUCCAGGUACUGAAGCUAUUUCUUGUCCAAUAAAGAAGAUUAUUGAUGAACUAGGAGAUGCUGGACUUGUUUUCGAAACUCUUUACUCGCCACCAGGUCCAAGUAUUUCGAAAAAUCUAGUAUCUAUGAUUCACAUCUUCGCGCAGGCAACUUAUACAAAAGGCCUAAAUGUUAAAGCCCAUGAAGGAGAUUCAAGAGUGUCUCUUUUAGCCUGGAAGUCAACAGCCUACACUGUUCAUGCGAUAGAAUUUUUAUUAAGAGAUACAGAAAAGCCUCUUUUGGGAGCUUUGUCUUCGAGGCAAAGGGACAGUUUAGAAGGGCUUGCGAGGAUUUCAGCUGUGGUGGGUUCAACGUGGGCUGGUUCCACUUCGGAAUCUGAUAUUCCUUACGACGACAUGACUAUACCUAAUCAUGCACUAUCUCUACUCACCAUGCUGCUAGAAAAUCCACCCGAUGGUGCCUGCAUCUACGACUGGGAUCCAUUUGGAGUUCUUGUACCACUCAUAAAUUCCCUACCAAGUUUAUUCAACACCAAGUCAACUGAACGACCUUCUGUCCUCACCGGAGGAAUCGCCGAGCUUUACGCUUUAAAAUUAGUAUUUAUUGCUUUGAUAGUUAAAAUUUUACUGACUACAGAUUUCACGGAGAACGAGGUGAUGGAUGUGGAUUCCCAAGAGGCAGAUGAAGGUGAAAACUGCAACUCUCUUCUUGCCUUGGCUCAGGCGUUGAGCAUUUCCGUCGGAGGUCAAUUUAUCUCGGAACUCUGGAGACGAGUCAAAGAAGCCUGCUUGCCCUUUUUGAGAUGCUGUGCUUUAUACUUCCAUUACGUAACGGACGUACCAGCCCCCGUGGAAUUGACCAGGAAAGGCGGUGACAAGUUUGAGAAUAUUUGUAAAUACUUGGGUCUUCCGACUACGUGCAAUGGAUUGUUAGAUUUGGAAGUUGUUUUGAAGUUAGCAAAGAUCUGGGCAAAUCAUCCGAACGUUCAAAGCGCGCAAGCGAAGCAAUUUGCAGUUAAGGAACCGCUGAAAGUAAACAAACUGGUUGAUCUUCCAGAUGAUUACAGUGAGCUGAUAAACAUGGUUUCUUUGUUCGCGUGUCCGAACAGCGAUCGUGAAGACUCCAGGAAUCCAACCAUGUGUCUUGUUUGCGGAGAUAUGUUGUGCUCACAGAGUUACUGUUGUCAGACUGAAUUAAAUAAACUGAUGGUUGGUGCUUGCUCUUACCAUGCAAGCAAGUGUGGCGCCGGUGUCAGCGUCUUUUUAAGAGUUCGCGAGUGUGAGAUUCUGUACAUGAGGAGUCCAAACCGCGGAUCUUUUGCCUGCCCACCUUAUCUUGACGAGUACGGAGAAACGGAUCAAGGUUUGCGUAGAGGGAAUCCCAUGAGACUUUGCAGGGAUAAAUAUAAGCAAUUAAAUCAACUUUGGUUAGGUCACGGACUGCAUGAGGCUAUUGCUAGAGCUAUAGAAUCUUCCAACAAUCUGAUGUCUACGCAGUGGCAUCAUCUAUAACUAUUUCCGAAGUCUUUGCAAAAUUAAACGUGGACUUUUAACCAAAAAUAAUACUAAAUCUACUUUUAGUCUAAGUAAGAAAAUAGCAAGUAGUAUUAAACAAUUGUUAAUUUUUUCCAAAUAUACACACGAGAUUGAUUAAAAUAUUUUGUUUCAAGGUAAACGCGUUAAAGUCUGUAUAUUUCAGGUAUUAAAUGUUACUUGUAAAGCUUGGAAAAGGAGACAGAAGAGAACCCAAAAAUUCAGUAAUCAGCUUAUUGAUUUGAAUUUAUUGGGGUCUUAUUAUGUCCUUUUAGAAAUUUUAUAUUACAGUCACGACUUUUUAAAUUCCUUUAUAAUUACUAAUGAAAAGGUUUUUGUGACUUGCAAGCAGAUACAUAACUGACGAAAGAUUGGGUGUAAUUACUGCAAAUAGAUUCAACUGAAAUUCAUUUGAAGAAGUUUUAAAGGAACUUCAAACAAAAUGAUAUAAUUUUUAAAUGAUCUCGAAUGUUACUGAUAGUAGUUCAAAAAUGCAUUAUUUUUUCUCCAAUUAAAAGUUUAUUAAGCCGCUGGAAUUUUAAAAAAAAAUUAUUAACAGGACUUAGAUUAAUGCCUGUGUAAACUAAAACGCCCUUUCAAAUGGGUUGUGUUAUCCUGUUUUUGUUCCAUUUAUUCAACCAAAUUUCUUUCUUCUUAUGCUCAACAGAGUAUUUUAGUUUCGUCUCGACCAAACUUCUUUGAAAAGAUUCUUAAGAAAGAACAGAUAUGGUAAAUAUUUUAAGCAUACCACUUAAAGGCAGGAAUUUUUAAAAUGACAAUUCAAUUAAUAAAGGUAAUAGAAAUUUGUUUUAUUUAACACGAGGAUUCAAGAGAAAAAAUCAUGUUUGAAAUUAACAGAUCAUUAUCAUAACAAUGAAUAUUCAAUAUCCAAUUUUUUAUCCACUUAUAAGUAGAAUAAUUGUUACAUGGUUUACCGUAGGAAAAACUUUCGGUACAUAUUGCAGUCAGUAUAUAUAAGAUUCAAAAACUUGAAGGGUAUUUUGAUGGUCCGAAUUAAUUUUUAUACAAAAAUUUAAUGUAAAAACACAACUAUCAAAGCAGUAAAAUCAGGAUAUAAAAUGCAGACUUUUUUUUUAUUAUUUUCAAUUUUAUUAGAUUAACGCACAAGUUCUCUCCUAUUUAAUGCUUUUCAGUAGUAAUUUCUCAUAAAAUGUGAGGGAAUUUUCCAGGCAGAAGAAUGGUGUAAAAUACGCAAUUUUUCUAGUUUUCAUAUAUUUGAAGAGAAAAAAGAUGCUGCUUUUCUAUACAUGUAUUAUACAUUAUCACAUUAGUUAUUUUUAUAAAUUUUUUGAUUGAACAUUAAUUGCGAGUUUCUUUCCUUGAUUUUAAGAUUCUUGCUCUCAUUGUUACGAAAGAGUCUGGUGCCUGCAAUAUGUUAUAGUAUAAGAAAUUCAAAUAUUUAAAAUUUCGUGAACUUAGAUUUUAUUUCGGCUGCAUCGUUUUAAAAAUUGUAUUCUAGCAUUAAACACAUUAAAACACUAUUCUUGAUGUGUUGGAAUGUUUGCAAGAAGUAACGAAAUCUUGUAAAAGAAAUUUGUAAAUAUUUUUCUUCGUUUUCUAUGAUAAAUAAUAAAAGAUGUUUGUUUAA